AUGGCCGCAUCCAUCACUCUCUACACAGCCAAGAUCUGCCCCUACGCUCACAGGGUUGAGCUUGCAUUGGAAGAAGCCAAAGCAACAUACACAAAAUAUCCCAUUGACCUGCAGAACAAACCCUCUUGGUAUGCCCCGAAGGUGAACCCCGCCAGCAAAGUCCCUGCUAUCGCAUAUGGCGGCCCCCCUUCCCCGCCCGAAGACCCCUCUCCCGAAUCCGAGAAAAUCGCCGAGUCGCUCGUCCUUAUUGAGUUUGUCAACGACCUCUUCCCCCAGGCGCACCUUCUCCCCGCGGAUCCCGUCCUCCGUGCUAAGGCGCGCUUCUUCAUCGAGUUCUCGACGAACAAGCUCAUCGCGCCCUACUCGGCGUUCCAACGCACCGGCGCGUCCGCCGACGACUUCCUCGCGGGCGUCGUCGCCGUGCAGGAGCUGCUCCCCGCGGACGGCUUCGCGGUCGGCCCAUACUCUCUCGCAGACGUCGCAGUCACGCCCUUCAUCGCGCGCGCGUUCGUGGGACUCCGCAACGAGAUCGGCGCGUACGACGAGGGCGAGGGUAAGAAGGUCCUCGAAGCGCUCGCCGCGCCGCGCUACGCCCGCUUCCAUAAGUACUGGGCGGACCUCCAGGCGCGGCCGAAUUUCAAAGCCACUUUCGACGAGCCGUACGUUACGGAGGCUUUCAAAAAGCGUUUCGGAGGCCUCCGUGCCCAAAAGUGA